AUGUGGGCGCGCGCGCGCACCGGCGCGCGUAUCGCCGCGUCCAACCACGGCACCGCGUCGAAGGACGUGCUCGGCUUCUCCCUCAACAACUCCCUCUUCGCGCGCACGUACAACUUCACGGUCCGCGGCUCGCUCGCCACGGCCAUCAGGCAGCUCGACGGCGCCGCGCCUGACUCGCUCAUUGGCAAGGGCGCGCACACGACGGCGGUCCGCGUGCCGCCCGCGGCGGACGAGCCGACGCCGACGGACGCCGCGUGCGACGGCGACCGACCGACCGGCCGACCAACCGAAAGACCGACCUUCAAGCACGACCACGCCCACUGCCCGCACGCGCUAACGCACGCGCCACCUCCGCCUGCCACCAACAGCGGCGGCGUCAACGUGACCUCCAUCCGCUGCCCCGUGUGCGGCUCGCACGACAUCCAGCUCGCGCUCGACCUGCGCGACCAGCCGCUGGCCAAUGACUUCAUGAAGACGACCACGGAGGCGCUGCGCGCCGAGAAGUUCCCGCUCGCGCUCGUGCACUGCCGCCAGUGCCACCACAUGCACCUCUCGCAGCUCGUCUCGCGCAAGCGCCUCUUCUCCGACUACAUGUACGUCUCGGGCACGUCCAAGACGCUCCUCAAGCACUUCGAGUGGCUGGCGCAGAAGAUCCAGGCCGACGUGGAGACGCUCCCGCUCGAGGGCGCGCGCACCAAGCGCGCGGUGCUCGAGCUCGCAUGCAACGACGGCUCGCAGCUCGACGCCUUCGCGAGGCUCGGCUGGAAGACGUACGGAGUCGACCCGGCGGCCAACAUCGUGCCCACCGCCGUGGCCAAGGGGCACCAGGUCAAGGUGGGCUUCUGGGGGGCACAGAGCGUGUGGCCGCCCGAGGGCAAGCCGGUGGUGCUCGACGCGAUCGUCGCGCAGAAUGUGCUCGCGCACGUGCCCUCACCCACGCAGUUCCUCAAGGACUGCGCCGCGGCGAUGGGGCCGCGCACGCUGCUCUUCAUCCAGACGUCGCAGUGCGCCAUGCACGAGGACGGCCAGUUUGACACGGCGUACCACGAGCACCUCUCCUUCUUCACGUCGCACUCGUUUGAGCGCGCCGCCACCGCCGCCCAGCUGGCGGUCCUCUCCUUCGAGACCGCGCCCAUCCACGGCAUCUCGUGCCUGUGGAAGCUCAAGCGCGCCGACGGCGAGUCGUCGGGCGCGCUGGCGGGCGGCACGAGCCUGCGGGCCAAGCUGGAUGAGGAGGUGCGCCUCGGCAUCACCACCGACUUCUUCUACGAGCGCUACCGCAUGCGCGCCGAGGAGACGUCCGCGUGGCUCGACACCCAGAUCGCGGCGCUCUCUGCGGCGGGCUACAGGCUCGGCGGCUACGGCGCCGCCGCCAAGGGGAUGGUGCUUCUCCACUUC